ACCAGCUGACUCCUCCGAGUCCCAGCCGAGCGCGCCCGGUCCCAAGGUCGACGCCAGCACGCCGGCAUGGCCCCCGCAGCGGCGUCGGGGGGCAGCUCCCUGCCCAGCGGCUUCGCGGUCUUCACCAGCUUCCCGGAUCUCCUCUUUAUCUUCGAGUUUGUCUUUGGGGGCCUGGUAUGGAUCCUGAUCGCCUCGUCCAUGGUGCCCAUACCCCUGAUCCAGGGCUGGGUGAUGUUCGUGUCUGUGUUCUGCUUCCUGGCCACCACAACCCUGCUGGUCCUGUACAUAAUUGGUGCCCAUGGUGGGGAGACGUCCUGGGUCACCGCGGAUGCAGCCUACCACUGCAUUGCCUCCCUGUUUUACCUCAGCGCCUCUGUCCUGGAAGCCUUGGCCACUAUCUACAUGUAUGACGGCUACACCUUCACCAAGUACCAUGAAAACAUCUCCGCCGUGGUGUUUUCGUACGUAGUCACUGUGCUAUACGUGGUCCAUGCGGUGUUUUCUUUAAUCAGAUGGAAGUCUUCAUAAGGCAACAGAAGAGCUUUAGCUGAAAACCCAGAUGGUGUUAACUGAUCGGCCUGACUUCAGCAUAACUUUUUAAAACACAGACAUGCUGUUGAUGGUGGAAAAAAGAAAACAAACAAACAAAAAAAAACCAACACUGUGUCUUGUGGGUGUGUGGGUGUUAUGUUCCUUUUCCCAUUUACUUCAUGCUGGGGUUGGGGGCUUGCUAUGGUUUCACCUCCAACUACUGAGUGACUAUUGUCUUUCUAAAGGGUCAUUUCGUAUUUGUGAAGGGGGGACGAAAGGGUGGGAAGUGGAGAUUGUAGUCUGAGAGACCCGGAAACAAAGACCACCCCUGCUGACUCCAGGACCAGAUCUGGAGAAUUGCCUGCUGGAAUUUUCCACAGGUUCUUUUGAGCACCCCCACCUAGAAGCACAUCUCUGAGUCUUCAUGGACAUUCUGCAAGUCAUGGGGAAUAAAACCCACCCAACAAAUAUUUGCCAACGUGCACGGUGGAAGACGAUAAGCCUUUGAAACACUUUAUAAACACCUUUAUGUUCAUUACUUGUGUGGGGUGUGUUUGGUUCUU